UGAGACGAAUGCAGGGUUCCGAGUAUAGUGAGCGCAGCGGAAGGGUCUAGGUACAGCGACUCUUGUGUGUAACGAUGGGCGUCUCUGACAGAAGCUCGUGAUCGCCGCCCACGCUCUCGUUUGGCAAUGACCGGACAUUUCGACACGAAUCGAUCGGCAGGCAAAACUUCGGACCUCGGCAAAACUCUCGAUGACGUAAAGUCAAUUCAGUCGCGUCUGACUUGCCACCCAACUACGGAUAAAUUUGCGCUCGCUCUCUUGCUCGUGAACACACUCACAUAGACAGACAAGCACCGUAUAAACCAUACGAACCACAAGUAGAACAUGACUUCUUCACCAGAACAGUUCACGGCCUUUGCCGCCAUGACCCUCGACAAGGGCAAGGCGCUCGAGGUCGAAAAGUGGGAGUACAAGCCCACUGCUUUCAACGAUGAGAUGAUUGACAUCAAGGUCUCUGCGUGCGGCAUCUGUGGAUCAUGCAUCCACUCCAUCAGGGGCGAAUGGGGAACGCCAGAGGACAUGUUCCCUUUCGUGGCCGGACAUGAAGUCGUCGGCACUGUUGCCCGCGUUGGCAAGAACAGCUCGUUCAAGGUUGGCCAGCGUGUCGGACUUGGUGCCCAAGGCGGCAGCUGUGGCGAGUGCAGCCAAUGCAAGGAGCACCACGAGCCAUACUGUGAGAAGGGCAUGAUUGGCACCUACGGCGGCAAGUAUGGUGACGGCGUCCAGUCACAAGGCGGCUACGGCGACUAUGUUCGCGCCCAUGAGCGCCUCGUCGUCGCUAUUCCUGACGAGCUUUCAGACGAGGUCGCCGCACCCAUGAUGUGCGCUGGUGUCACUACCUACUCGCCUCUGGUUCGCUUCGGCGCAGGACCAGGCAAGAAGGUUGCUAUCGCCGGCAUUGGCGGUCUCGGCCAUCUCGGUCUGCAAUGGUCAAAGGCACUCGGUGCAGAGACUUACGCGCUCUCGCAUUCGGACUCGAAGAAGAAAGAUGCUGGCGAGCUCGGCAUCAACGACGAGCAUUUCAUCGUCUACAACGACAUGGAGGCGACAGCCAAGAAAUGGAAGAGCACUUUCGAUCUCAUCGUCGUCACCUCUUUCGCUGACCACAUCCCCAUCAAGGAGCUCUACAUGCCCUUGCUGCGCGCUGAGGGCACCGUCUGCUUCCUCGGUUUGCCCACUCAGCCUAUCAAGGAGCUACCGCUCGGUCUAUUCGUUCAUGGCGGCAAGAGCAUGGCUGGCUCUAUCAUUGGUUCGCCUGAUGAGAUCAGAGACAUGCUCAAGCUGGCUGUCCAGAAGAAGGUCCGCACAUGGGUCCAGACCGUGCCCAUGUCAGACAGCAAGAGUGUUUCGCAAGCACUCAAGGACAUGCGCGGCGGAAAGGCCCAUUACCGCAUUGUCUUGACCAACGAGCACUCUGCAUAGACAUCCCUAUCUGAUCAAAAGCAACGAACUCGAAAUAUAAUAGAAUGACAUGCAUUGUC